GCUGGAUCCAUUUUAGCCCCUAUUGUCUAUUGACAUUAGCCGUCCCAGCUUCUACUUGAGGUCCAUCUUCUUUUUUUCUAGCAGAUUGUAUACCUCAUCUCUUCCCAAGAAACAAGCAGACCCUCCUCGUCCAAGAGAUAUCCAGUAGCUGAUUCACGGCAGCUCUCGACACCUACCCUUUUCCGUCUUCAACCAUAUUGACCCUCACCAUGCUGGCACUUCCUUUCUCGCUCUUUCCUCUCACAGCAACCUUGGUUGCCGCUGUCCCGACACCGCCCCAAUUGACAUUUUUAUACAGCGUCAACCUCACAUUCGCACCGCCAGUCAGCAUCGGCGCUGUACCUUACGGGACUCGAGAUCUCUUGCCGAUCUCAGGGGGAUCUUUUUCUGGCCCAAAGCUUAGCGGAAAGGUUCUGACGGGCCUCGAUUGGGGACUCACAGACCGGCAGGGCGUCUUCAGCCCGGACGCACUUUACACUCUGCACACCGACGACAACGCUACGGUCCUCGUCUUUGAGAAAGGCCACGCGCCCCACGUGCACAUCCUUUUUGAGACUGCGAGUUCCCAAUAUGCGUGGCUGAACAGCGCGGUUGCCUACGCAACGGGUGGCCCGAACGACGCUGGCGUUGCCUUGGACGUUUGGCAGGUGAGUUCAGACUGUGUUUUCUUGCUCCCAGUUGCGUUUGGCUCAGCUAUGGUAUGGCGGCAGCGUCGGUUACAUGGACUGACGGUUGUGUAG